CUUCUCUGCUGGAAGGAGUGACCAGSGUGUGGGCGGACUGCAGGUCCCACUGUAAACAAACGUUGGAGACAAACAACCUCCUGACCCUUUAGCACUGGGAGAGACAAGAUAGGGCCAUCAGAGAAACCCCACCAGAGGGCCGCCAGACUCUGAGGACUUGGAAGAAGGAACUGCGAACUGAGAAAUCACUCCCCGGAUAGAGGGAUCACCAUACUUGAUGCAUCACCAGAGGGCUCUCUUUUUUUGGGGGAUGAAACCCAGGGGGCUUCACCACUGAGCCGUACCCCCAGACCUUUUUAUUUUUAAUUUCGAGCCAGUGUCUGGCUAGGUUGCUGACAGCCUUGCUAAGUUGCUGAGGCAGGCUUUGAACUUGCCAUCAUCCUCCUGCCUCAGUCUCCCCAGCUGCUGGGAUUACUGGCACCUGAACCCGCAGAGACGGCUUCUUAAAAAGGACCUUCAGAAACCAGGUCAGCUGUGUGAGCACCUCAGCUCCAACCCCAGGGGCCUCAUGGCGGCCGAGCCACUGACUGAGCUGGAGGCGGCCAUCGAGACAGUGGUCACCACUUUCUUCACCUUUGCAGGGCGGGAAGGCCGGAAGGGCAGCCUCAGCGUCAACGAGUUUAAGGAACUAGCCACGCAGCAGUUGCCUCACCUGCUCAAGGAUGUGGGCUCCCUAGAUGAGAAGAUGAAGAGCUUGGAUGUGAAUCAGGACUCGGAGCUCAAGUUCAAUGAGUACUGGAGACUGAUUGGGGAGUUGGCCAAGGAAAUGAGGAAGGAGAAGGCGCAGGAGAUCCGGAAGAAGUAGAGCUGCUGGCCGGGAUGGCGGUGGGGAGAGUAGGCCUGGCAGGGCCAGGAGAACCCAUCACUCCCCAAAUAAACCUUCUCC